AUUACUACUAAAGUUUUGCUUGUCCACCUCCAUGACUCCAUCGCUCUUUUCUUUUCUUCUCUCAUCUCAUCUCUUCUCUUCUCUCGUGUGCUUCUUCUGUACUGCUACUUGCUACUAGGAGAGAGUUAGUAGAAGAGGAGAGGGAGAGAGAUGGCCAUGAUUUCAGCUCAGGCUCUUCCUCUCUCCCCAAACACUUCCCGAUAGAUUCCAUCCCCUGUCUAUCAUCCUGGGUAUCCGCCCCCUUUUCCUCUUCUUAAUUGCAAAGGUUUCUGCAGGAUAACAUUUGUUUGGGGACACUAGCUACUAGGUCUGGCGUGUGAGCCGGGUGAAGAAGAAUCAACAAGAGUUCAGAAGAGAUGGAAGGCGACAGCUUCUCCGGGAUGGGCAAUGGCGGCGGCGCCGGCGCCGGGGGCCAUCACCAGCAGGUGGUGGACGGGAAGCUGAUCCAGACGUUCCACAAGAGCUUCGUGCAGGUGCAGAGCAUCCUGGACCAGAAUCGGAUGCUCAUCAGCGAGAUCAACCAGAACCACGAGUCCCGUGCGCCCGACAGCCUCACCCGCAACGUCGGCCUCAUCCGGGAGCUCAACAACAACAUCCGCCGCGUCGUCGGCCUCUACGCAGACCUCUCCGCCUCCUUCGCGCACCGCGGAGGCAUGGACGGCGGCUCCUCGGAGGGCGACUCCUCGGGCACGCUCCGCUCCCCCGACGCCGCCGCGCGCGCUGCCGCCGGUCAGAAGCGCGUCAGGCCCGGCUAACUUCUUGGCAUCGUCUCGGAUGCUGUGUAGUACCAGCUAGCAAGGCAGCUCCAGGAUGUGAGUUACUACUUAAUACUAGGCUAGUUCUUGUUCCUUGGUUAAUCUCUUGCUGUUCUUCUCCUCCUCCAUUGCUACAAAGUGCUUCCUGAUGAUGAGAUAAAGAGAACUUUUUUAUGUACAAGUUCAUGUGACGAUGUGAAAGAAACAGCACUGUAGAAGCAGAAGUAGUUCUUGAUAAUCUGCUCAUUUUUGUCA